CAAACUUCUCCCCCAAACUGGGUUCCACCUCAGGAAACCGAAUCCUCCAGCUGUGGCGUCCCAGACGCCCGCCCCGACACGCCCCUCGCCAGCCGCCUCCCCCUGCGCCCCUGCCCUAGCCCUGUUCUGUCGGGUGCUCCUCCGACCGCCGUCCCGGCACCUCUCCCCGCGUCCCUUGCCCUAAGAUGAAGGUUUGGCUGCUGCUUGGUCUUCUGCUCGUGCACGAAGCGCUAGAGGAUGUCACUGGCCAACAGCCUCCGAAGAACAAGCGUCCAAAGGAGCCGGGAGAGAACAGAAUCAAGCCCACCAACAAGAAGGUGAAACCCAGAAUUCCUAAAAUAAAGGACAGGGACGCAGCUGAUGGCACACCAAAGACGCAGUCAAUAAUGAUCCAGAUGCUGGAGAAAGGCCGCUUCCAGAAACCUGCAGCUACCCUGAGUCUGACAGCAGGGCAAACCCUCGAGCUUCGGUGUAAAGGGAACAAAAUUGGAUGGAGUUAUCCUCCCUAUCUCGACACCUUUAAGGACUCCCGUCUCAGCGUGAGGCAGCACGAGCGCUAUGGCCAGCUGACUCUGGUCAACUCCACGGCCGCGGACACGGGCGAGUUUAGCUGCUGGGGACAGCUCUGCCAGGGCUACGUCUGCAGGAAGGACGAGACCAAAACCGGCUCCACCUACAUCUUUUUUACAGAGAAAGGAGAACUCUUUGUACCUUCUCCCAGUUACUUUGAUGUUGUCUACCUGAACCCGGACAGGCAGGCUGUGGUUCCUUGUCGAGUGACUGUCCUGUCGGCCAGAGUCACCCUCCACAGGGAGUUCCCUGCCAAGGAAAUCCCAGCCAAUGGGACAGACAUUGUUUACGACAUGAAGAGGGGCUUUGUGUAUCUGCAACCUCAUUCCGACCACCAGGGGGUGGUCUACUGCAAGGCGGAGGCUGGGGGCAAGUCUCAGAUCUCAGUCAAGUACCAACUACUGUAUGUGGAAGUUCCCAGAGGCCCUCCGUCAACAACCAUCUUGGCGUCCUCAAACAAAGUGAGGAGCGGGGAUGACAUCAGCGUCCUCUGUACCGUCCUGGGGGAACCUGAUGUCGAGGUGGAAUUCAGGUGGAUCUAUCCAGGACAGAAGGAUGAAAGGCCUGUGACGAUUCAAGACACUUGGCGGCUGAUCCACAGAGGACUGGGGCACACCACAAGGAUCUCCCAGAGCAUCCUGACAGUUGAAGACGUUGCAACCACUGACGUAGGGUAUUACAUUUGCACUGCUCGGAAUCUCCAAGGGGAGACUACAGUAGCGACCACUGUUGAGUUUUCCUGACUUGGAAAAUGAAGUAUAAUGAAUUGAGGGCAAGUUCAUUUGUGCGCAUGGCCGGCUUUGGGGUUCUGGUGACUCAUGCUUUGCCGGAGGCUGCCGUUCGGUGCCAAACCCCGCCCCCUGCCCUGAGAGUCAGACCCAGACGUCCAAACUCAAAGGAAGUCAUUCGGUCUAAUAGUGUUAACUCCUCUGACAGAAAGCAUGUAUUUUGAUUGCUUACCUAUGUAUCUGCAUUUCUACUUUUUAUAAUAAAAAAGCAUAGAUGUUAA